GCAGAAUUCUUUUCCUAUUCGCCUAUCACAUAUCAUGAAAAUUAGUCAUAUCACAAAAGGCGGGAUUUCCUUUUCACAGUUUCCUUAACCGCUUUAUGAAGGACACACUGUCAGGCUGAAGAGGAUAUCGACUAAGGCCGUAUUCACCAUGGCAGGACACGAUGCUGGAUCUCAAUACCAGUUUACUGGUUUCUCAAAGUACUUCAAUUCAUAUACCCUCCAGGGAAGGAAAAAUUGUGUGCUGGCUACAUAUGCGGGGAUUGCUGCAAUUUUCCUCUACUUUAAACUGAAACCUAAGAAACAGAAGCAAAUUGCCGAAAAGUAAAUAUUGGUUGUCCUGUCUGUGCUCUGUUCUAUAGAGCAAGGUGAGGGUGACUGGAUGUAUGGCUUUGAUCUCUUCAGUUGCAGAAUAAAUUGAUACCCAACAUAAAAAAA